CGGGGCUCAACUGAUGGAAUUAUUGAACUGAGAGGGAAUAGUAAACGUUGAUACUGGAUUACCUUGUGCGGUGGAAUAUAAAUUCUGAUAUUAGGCCUACAGUUGACUCAAUCCAGCUCCCAGACUUGGCUCACUUACCCCAGUUCAACGCCUCACUUGAACUUAAGGUUUGUUUUGCUUUGUGUUUACGCUUCCUGAAGCCGGGACAGGUCCAUUUCACGCACCGUUUGCGCCAUGGCGAACUCGUGUCUCCAACUGAGCGGGUUUCUGAUCAGCUGUCUCGGCUGGGUGGGCAUCGUGAUCGCGACAGCCACCAAUGACUGGGUGGUUAUGUGUAAGUACGGUGUGAACACCUGCAAGAAGAUGGACGAGCUGAGCGUCAAGGGCCCCUGGGCUGAGUGUGUCAUCUCCACCGCCCUGUAUCACUGCGUCACCCUAACUCAGAUCCUGGAUCUGCCAGCAUACAUCCAGACGACUCGUGCCCUGAUGAUCACAGGUUCGAUCCUGGGUCUCCCGGCUGUGGGACUGGUCCUCAUGUCCAUGCCCUGCAUCAGCCUGGGCAACGAACCCCAGAGCUCCAAGAACAAACGCUCCGUUCUGGGAGGAGUUCUCAUACUCCUAGUCGCCAUGUGUGGUGUUGUGUCUACCGUGUGGUUUCCCAUCGGGGCCCAUCAUGAGCACGGCCUCAUGUCCUUCGGGUUCUCCCUCUAUGCUGGCUGGGUGGGCGCCAUCUUCUGCCUGCUGGGAGGAUCGUUCAUCGCCUGCUGCUCCUCAGAGUCCUACUCCUCCCGCUCCUACCAAGACAACAACCGCUUCUACUACUCCAAACAAGGAGGGGCCAACCCGCCCGCCACCUCCUCCACCAACCACGCCAAAAGCGCCCACGUCUGAGACCGGACACGUCUGAAUCCCAAGGGGAUGUGUAGCGGACUGUAUGUAUAUAGACACACACUGAUACUGAGACAUACACACAAGCACAAACACUCAAAUGCAUCCACAUACAAACAACUGUAGUCAUGUGCACAGAUAAAAAAAAAUACACACAAUUACACACUCAUGCAUGUUUCCUGUGCACAGAUGGUUUAUGCGCAGGAAAAACUCUUACAUACAAACUCUUGGAUGUGCACACGCAAACAUACAUGUAAAAGGACAUUCACACAUACAAACACAAAGAGCACAAUGACUGUUUGUUUCCGAGCUCCUUCACCACGCGAUGGUUUUGUAUCAUAGAGCUCAUCUCCCAGACAUGGACUCAGUCAGGCAUGGACUCGCCCCUCUGUUGCAUAAUUGUCCAGGCAUCUGAAUAAGAGCCUGCACAGGAGCCUGGGGUCCUAAUCACAAUGCCCUCGUGGCCUGAUGGACUGAGCUAUUGAUCUGCUAUAUAACUUCUAUUUUUCUAUGUAGGUGAAUCUAGAGAUGCGAUCUUUUAAGUGCUUUUGAUGAUAAAUAUGUUUUCAUUAAAAAUGACAAUACCGUGAUCUGUUGUUUUCAUAAGAGCUCGCUGAAAAAAAAAAUCCAUCUGAGCCAUUUUUGUCUCAUAUUUAGUGUGAAAAUCUUGUUUUUUAUACAAACAAAGUGGGAACAAAUCUACCCGUGGGAUGAAAUAACCCCACUUUAUCUAGUGCAGUUUCGCUUCUUUCAGGAAAUUAUCUGGAAAAAAAAAUAAGCAUAAAUAUGUUGACACAAGGCAGAAUGAGGCAGAGAAGCUGACCAGGAUCAAGAAAAUGAUACUUGAUUCAAGAAGUUGAUUAGCAUUGGAAACAAAUGGUGUUAUUUCAUCCCACAGGCACUGAAUUUGAGACUAAAUAACUUGUUGAGAUGGAUAUUUUUUUGCAGUGUAUAACAUGUCAGUGUUAUGUAAUGAAAAUGUGUUCAUUAAAGUUUUUUUUGUAAGAUUGAGAACACUGAUUUUUUUUUUAUUUUUUUUUUUUACAGUAUUAUACAACUAUUAAAUCAUCUUGCCACUUGGCCACCUGGAGUGGCAAACUUGAUAAAAAAGCACUGUUUCCCUAUCAUUUGCCAAUGAAUUUAGACCGAUAUGAUGGUAUAUUUCACAGGGUCUGUUCUGUUUCUGAAAAAUAUGCAUUUUAGGCAGCGGCUUUUCUAUUUUGUAUACUAGCACCAACUGUUGCAUUUAUUCUAACUAUCAAUCUUGGCAGAAAGUUAGCAUCUCGUGCUGAUUAUCAGUCUAAAUAUGCAUACAGACUUGGCAGAUCUGUGUGUAUAGUUAUGGAUAUCUGUGAGUUUUACAUCACAUUGUUCGCAAAAAGGCCGUAUCUUAGAUGUAACUCUCAUUUUUUUUGUUUGUUAAUUUUUCCAUAUUCACAAGUAACUUUGACACAUACUGAGCUGUAACUAACUUGCUUCCAUCUACUCAAUAACAAAAGUGAGACAAAAAAAAAA